AUGACACCCAACCAGCUUAGCGAGUUUGCGUGGGGGCUGGCAAGGAGUGAGAAGCCCUUCUUAUGGGUCGUGAGGCCCGACCUUGUCUUCGGCGAUUCUGGAGCUCUACCUCACUCUUUCUUGGAUGAAACAAAAGACAGAUUCUUGCUGGUGGAUUGGUGCUCUCAGGAGCAAAUUCAGAACCAUAGUUCGGUUGAUGGGUUCUUGAGCCACAUGGGAUGGAACUCUACAAUCGAGAGUCUGUCGUAUGGGGUGCCGACGAUUUGUUGUCCAUUCUUCGCUGGGCAACAAACGAAUUGCUUCUAUGCUUGUAAUGAAUGGGGAGUUGGGGUGGAGAUUAACCCAAACGUGAAGAGGGAGGAAGUGGAGGUAAUGAGUGGGAAAAGGGGGCUUACGAUAGGGUCAGUAAUCAUUGGUUACUGA